UACAGAGAAGCCUUUUGCCUUGCUGUCUUCUCUCCACCGUGGCAUUAGUCAUUACGAGACCUUGCAAAGGAGAGACCUGUAAAGAUCCCCCCCACUCUCUUAAGAUUCAGGGUUUUCUUUAAAAUCUCUCUUGCUCAUCAGAUUCUCUGACUCACCGGGUCAACUCGCUCUAUCAAGCUUGUCAAAGCUUAAAAAACCAAGCAAAUCUCAUCAAGCGAGUUUCUUGCACUCUUACAUUCUGUUGUCUUCCUUAAAAGACCAAACUUCCCUAAGGUUUGUUAGUUACUUGUGAUGUUAGCUUUCUUAGUCUUUAGUUUCGUCUGAAACUGGUGAAGUUUGGUUAAAGAUUGUAGACAUUAAGAUUUGUUGUUACAUGAAUCCUGGUUAAUAAUAAUUAAUUUCCUAAAGAACCCAAAAUCAUUAGAUCAAAAACGAUCAAAUCUUGAUUGCUAAUUUUAGCCUUUUCAAGCAAAAGUUCAGAACUUUGAUUUAAUAUGAGGCCCUUUUCAGCUUAAUUUGUGUGGAACCCGGAAGUUAAGAUCUUUGAUUUUUUAGGGGUUUGCUGUGUAAUUAGAGAGUUUAGGAUUGUAAUGGCUGAACUAGGGAGGAGUGAUGUUGAUGGUAAUGAUAUGAUUGAGAAUUUGAUAGCUGCAAGGAAGUCAUUGAAGCUAAGUUUAGAGAAGUCGAAAGCUUUAGGGUUUUCUCUUGAGAAGGCUGGGCCGAGAUUAGAUGAGAUUAACCAAAGAUUGCCUUCUCUUGAGGCGGCAGUGCGCCCCAUUCGUGCGGACAAGGAAGCACUUAUUGCUGCUGGGGGUCAUAUUAACCGUGCCAUUGGCCCUGCGGCCGCUGUUCUUAAGGUUUUUGAUGCAGUUCAUGGACUGGAGAAGUCGUUAUCGGAUCCAAGGAACAAUCUUCCUGGGUAUUUGUCAGUGUUAAAGCGACUUGAGGAGGCUUUGAGGUUUCUGGGGGAUAAUUGUGGAUUAGCAAUCCAGUGGCUGGAUGAUAUAUUGGAGUAUUUGGAGGAUAAUGUUAUGGCAGAUGAGCGGCAUCUUUUGAAUUUGAAGAAGUCAUUGAAUGGUCUUAGGGAAUCGCAAAGUGAUGAUGAACGAGCUCGUCUUGAUGGUGGGCUUUUAAAUGCUGCGUUGGAUAAAUUGGAAGGUGAGUUUCGGCGGCUUUUGACAGAACAUAGUGUGCCACUGCCGAUGUCAUCAUCUCCGGAUCUUGGUGAACAGGCAGUCAUUGCACCAUCACUAUUACCUGUGUCUGUUAUACACAAGUUGCAAGCCAUUCUUGGGAGGUUGAGAACUAAUAAUAGACUUGAAAAGUGCAUCUCAAUAUAUGUUGAAGUUCGUAGUUCAAAUGUUAGAGCUAGUCUGCAGGCGCUGGAUUUGGAUUACCUUGAGAUCUCAAUAGCUGAAUUCAAUGAUGUGCAGAGCAUAGAAGGGUAUAUAGCUCAGUGGGGCAAGCAUUUGGAGUUUGCAGUGAAGCACCUGUUUGAAGCGGAGUACAAGCUUUGUAACGAUGUUUUUGAGAGGAUUGGCUUGGAUGUUUGUAUGGGAUGCUUUUCCAAAAUAGCUGCCCAGACUGGCAUUCUUGCGUUUCUUCAAUUUGGGAAGACUGUUACAGAAAGUAAGAAAGAUCCAAUCAAGCUUCUGAAAUUGUUGGAUAUAUUUGCGUCACUGAACAGAUUAAGGCUGGAUUUUAACAGGCUUUUUGGCGGAGCAGCCUGUAUUGAAAUCCAAAAUCUCACACGGGAUCUAAUUAAGAGAGUGAUUGAUGGGGCAGCUGAGAUUUUCUGGGAACUUCUUGUUCAGGUGGAGCUGCAGAGGCAGAUUCCACCUCCUCCAGAUGGGAACGUCCCUAUACUGGUGAGCAUCAUUACUGAUUACUGUAAUAAGCUGCUUGGGGAUAAUUACAAACCUAUCCUGAACCAGGUUCUGCUCAUUCAUCGAAGUUGGAAGCACGAGAAGUUUCAGGAGGGGAUUCUUGUUAGUGAGGUUUUGAACAUAGUUAAAGCCAUUGAUCUCAAUCUGGAGACAUGGACAAAGGCUUAUGAAGAUUCUAUCCUAUCUAACCUUUUUGCCAUGAACAAUCACUAUCAUUUAUACAAGCAUUUGAAGGGAACAAAGGUUGGGGAUCUCUUAGGGGAUUCUUGGUUUAGAGAACAUGAACAGUACAAAGACUAUUAUCUCGCAAUAUUCUUGCGAGAUAGUUGGGGGAAGCUUCCAGGUCAUUUAAGUCGUGAAGGCCUGAUUCUGUUCUCAGGUGGGCGUGCCACUGCCCGAGAUCUUGUCAAGAAAAGGCUGAAAAAUUUCAACGAAGCUUUCGAUGAAAUGUAUAAGAGGCAGUCCAGCUGGGUUGUGCCAGAUAGAGAUCUCAGGGAUAAGAUAUCCCAGCAGAUUGUGCAGGCAGUUGUACCUGUUUAUCGGAGCUAUAUGCAGAGCUACGGGCCCUUGGUUGAGCUAGAUGGAAGUUCCAGUAAAUAUGCAAAAUACUCGGUGCAGACUUUGGAGCAAAUGUUGAGCUCACUAUUUCUGCCAAAGCCAGGAAGAUAUGCAAGUUUCAAGGGCAGACAACUUAGUGCCAAAUUCAACAAUGGUGUUGCAGAUCUUCGCCGUACAACCUCUGCUGUGGUGUGAUUUUCCUGCUACUAUUGCUUUAUGUUGGUUAAGCUGAAAAGGUACCCGAUCCAAACAUCAUCCCUCCUUUGAUCAGCGGUCAGCUCUUGAACUGUACAUAUCUGUAUGUUCGGUGGCUUGGAACUAUUUCGGAAAAAUUUAAUUUUAGUAGAGCAACCUCUUUUUUCAGACCAUUGUCUGAAUUUUCCCAGUGAGAUCGAAAUUCAGAAGCUGUUUAAAUGCAAAGCAAAAGGGGUGCUAUAUCUAGUGCCUGGUAGGUUCUGCAAUCUCAUGUAAGUCCUGGACACUAGGAUGAAAGCGAAGAUGAGCCUUUUUGAAAGCGUAGAUAAUACUUUGAGGUAUAGAUUGUCAUUUUACUUUCAUUUUCACUCUCAUUUAUUCAAAUAGUGGGCGGCUGUAGAAACCUUGUAUUUGCUAGAUUUGUGUACAAUUCUUUGAUUGAAGAGCAAUUAGAGGUCUAGCAGGAAUUAAAUUGUUUACUUGUAUUCUGAGAACGGCAUAAAUGUUUGUGUGGAGAAUUUAAGGAUGAUAAUUCUAUGCAAUUGCUGGUGUUAGAAGUUAACUUACAGCCUUGAGUUCACUAGAAAUAUGAUCAGCAAUAAGAUGUUGGCACAUUUAGCUUGUCCUAUUUUGAAUUGUAAGAGAAUUCUUCAUUGUUUAAAGCCUUAUUAGUAUGUGAUUCACGCUUUCAUCGAUCAA